UUCAAAAUUAUACUGUUUUUCCUGUACUUUGGAUCAAAUAAAUGCAGACUGAGCAGAAGAGACUUAUUUAAAAAACAUUAAAAAAUUACUUUUUAAAAACUUUUGACUGGUAGUGUAUGUAUAAUAAUAUUUAUUAUACAUUAACUGUAAAUAUAUAUUGUUUGUGUGUGGAUGGAUGUGUUUUUAAAUGCUUUGCCACCAACAAAGUAAAAAAAAAUUGCAAUUUGAGGUAAGCAGUUGUUGUACACUUAUCUGCUUACCCACACCAAGUGCCUCUUCCCCUGCAGUUUCCUCUUCUAUUGUUAAUAUUACCUUACAUGAGGAAGUAUAGUAGGAUUAUAUUUCAGGAGUGUAAACUUGUACCUUUGUGAUUGUGUAACCUCAUUAUUUUAUUUCCUCCAAGUAAUUUUUGUCAAUUAAGAUCCCUUUCAAUACUUGUUCCCUGUGAAAUAGAUUUUGUGCACUACACGGUGGAAACAAUAAAAUGUGGGAAUUCAGACCAGAAAUCUGUCAUAAAUAGGUGUAUGUCAAUUCACUAACCGAAAUAAAGAGAAAGUUUCCUGUCAAAAGGUCAACACCAGCUUGCAAACACAUGUGAAUCUGCCAUUCAGACUCAGAGAUGAACAGCAGGUUUACAGGCUUUCAAAAGCCAGUGUUUCGCAGUCUGGUCUCACACAUCUUCGUAAUCGACACUGAGAUCAUCAUGGCAUCAGAGGGGAGUCCUGUUUGUGGCGGUGUUUUGUUGCUACACACUGAAUGUGGAGGGAAACACUCAUAUGAAGUGAAUGGCUUUUUGAACUAUAACAAAGGAAUGUUCGCAAGCGCGGGAGAUAAACUUAUAAUGGUAAACAACACAGAUGUGGAGGAUUUGACUCCGAAGGCAUUAGCUGAGCUCCUGGUUGAAAGAUCACCCUUACUUACCAUACAUCAUCCGCACAAAAGAAAAACCGAAGAGUGUGAAUCUGAGGAGAUCAGCGUCUAUGACAAGAAGCCGAUAGUCAUGAGAUUCAGCCUGAUGAUGGUGAGAGAGGAAGAUCUGGACGCCGCUGGAGAUGAACCAUCACCAGACUGGGAAUACAUUGAGGAUGACUGUUUAAGUGAUAACAAUCUUCUGCUUGUAUCUAUGGCUGACACAUGCUUCAGUAAGAUCGCUGCUCGGGGCUGUGAUCCUAACAGCCCUUGCAACAGCUGUGGAGGGAUGAAUUGCGAGUUUAAUGACGUUGUUGUCUUGCCUGCGACAUCUACGAUUACCUUUAAUUCUUCAAGGAUUUUGAGGCAGAUUAGAGAGCAAAAAAAUCUGUAUUUGAAGAGUUUCAUCAUGAAGCAGUAUGUCACUCCAGAUAAUCAGCAUAUGCUUUUGAAAGACACAAUGUCAGCAAAAAUCACCCUCUACUAUUACGCUGACAACAUGGGCCGUAAUGGUGUUCCUGUUGUACUGAACUUCACUGGCACAGAAAACUUCUUCUGCUGUACCACCAAGCAAGAUGAAGAUAAGAAGAUGUUAAAACUCGUGAGCCAUAAUAAAAGCGACCUGAAAAAGAUCUGUCCUGAUGACCAAGAAAAAUGGUCUCUUGUAUUCUACAUGUCUUCCGGGCCAGACGGCCUCCGGCGUUUUGAGUCAGCUCUUUACAGUGGGUGGUUUAUCUACACACAAAGCAUAGGUAAUAGAGAGGUGGACAUGCAAAAAGAAGAUCAGUAUGACAGUAAACAAGACAGUGCCUUCUCAUUCGUGAUUUUGAGUGAGAAUGGGAUAUGUUAGAAUUCAAGAUCUUCAUAUGAACAUCACAGCAUCAAGAGUUGAAAUGAUAAAUUGCCAUUUCCUACGUUAGAAGUUACAAUAAACUUUUAAACUACAGUACCUGUUUUAUCACACUUGUAUAUGACAUUUAACAGCUAGGAAUUGUUCUCAAAUUAACUUGCAUUUUAAUAUACUAAUGAUUCAAACACAACCCGAACAUAAUGAACUUUCUUUACUGUUUGAUUCAAGCUGGUGUGACAAUCACAGGUGAAGCCUAGAGCUUUAUUAAAAAUGUCAAAAAAUUCUUUGGAUUGACAACUAAAUGAAAAGCAAAUUGGUCAGAUUAGUUUGUUAAGAGGUUGUGCUGGAGACUGUUCAGAAGAGUUGGUUAAAGCUGCCACAUGUUUUGGGUGAGUUGAAGGUUAAGAUUGUCUUAGAGGAUACAGCCUCCUCCAGAGAAUGGUGUUUUACUGCCAUUGCAGUAGUGAGUAGAUAUGUAUCAUACUAUUAGCUAACGUGUUUUUAAUGUCAUUUUUAUAUUAUUCAGCUACUUUUUUAAAAGCGAUGUUUUUAAAAUAACAUAAUUAAAAUUACUCAUAUUUAUUUUAUUGCUAACUGCUCUUAGUUACUUUUCGGGCUGAAACAUGGUUUUUGUAGUAUUGGAAAGAAAUCUUUGCAAAACGCAAUGUAUGUAAUUCCUGUAUUUAUAUUAUCAGCUAUUACUUACGCUACAUUUGUCUGUUUAAGUUAAAACCCACUAACAGCUCUAAACAGCUGCUUUUGUUGCAUAAAUGUAUCAUUUACUAUGGUAAUGUGUGUUUAUGUACGAUUCCUCUAUCAAAUUGCAAUAAAAUGUAAAUCAAG